AUGACAAUUCAGUUUGAGCACAGGACAGCCGGGGAGGGUGGGGAGUGGGGAAGGAUGAGCGCAAGCAGCCUUUCUUGGGACCAGGCUCUUCUCCAGCCUCCGGUGUGUGAUGCCUGGAAGGACACUAUGGAGGGGGCAGCCUAUCAUCUGGCCAGCUGCAUUGUCCUCCUGGGUUACAUGGGGGGAAGUGGCAUCUUUGGGUCCCUCUAUAUUUUUGGCCUCCUGGCCCCAGGCUACUUCUGCUAUGCCUUAUGGGGCUGGCUGAGUGCCUGUGGACUGGAUAUCUUCAUCUGGAACAUGCUGCUCGUCCUCGCCUGCUUGCUUCAGCUGGCUCACCUGGCUUACCGGCUCCGCAGAAACACCAUCCCUGAAGAGUUUAACCUCCUCUACAAGACCAUGUACCUGCCCCUGCAGGUGCCCCUGGAUGUCUACAAAGAAAUUGUGAAGUGCUGUGAAGAGCAGGUCCAGUCACUUGUCAGAGACCAGAAUUACGCGGUGGAGGGCAAGACACCCAUCGACCGCCUCUCGUUGCUGCUGUCUGGCAGGGUCCGAGUGAGCCAGGAUGGACAAUUCCUUCACUACGUCUUUCCAUACCAGUUCCUGGACUCUCCAGAAUGGGAAUCACUGCGACCCUCUGAGGAAGGAACUUUCCAGGUCACACUGACGGCUGAGACCGACUGCAGCUUCAUCACCUGGCCGAGGAAGAAGCUGUAUCUCCUCCUGCGGAAGGACCGAUACAUAGCCCGGCUCUUCUCCUCCCACCUGGGCUACGACAUCUCGGAGAAGCUCUACUCCCUCAAUGAGAAGCUCUUUGCCAAGUUUGGCCUCCACUUCGACAUCCGCUUGCCCAGCCUGUACCACGUCCUCGGGCCAGCCUCCUCCGAGGGGGAGUCAGAGGACUGCGAGGAGUCACCGCCUGCCUCUGGCCAGGCUGAUGGCUCUGACACCCAUCCGCAGCCACCACCACCACCGGCUCCUCGGCCCCGAGCAUCCCGGCCCGACAGUGACCUGCUGGGUGAGGAUUCCACCAGUCUUGUCUUGGAAGAUUUUGCUGAGUUGCCGGGGUCUUAUAUGGACUAUGUGAGCGAAGGGGAGUAUAUGAAAUGA